GCCAGCUUCAGCUUUAGCUUCAUCUCACUCCAGACAUCCAUCAUUGCCCAACCCCUCCCUCUCCUUCUCCUCAUCUUCUCUUCUUCGCUUCCUUGUUACUCCUGAUAUAGACCCGCUUUUAAUUACCAUCUCCAUCAUGGAGAACCACAAGAUUUCCGACUUCCUGGCCGAUCAGCUGCAGCAAGCUCCCGAACCGUGCCAACCCUACUUCCUCACCUUUGAAGACUACUGGGAGCGUAAAUUAUGGCAUCAGCUCACCGACGCCCUCGUCGAGUUCUUCAAGCUAUCAGAGAGCGCCUCGCAGCGGUUACCGAUAUUCAAGACCUUUGUCCUCAGCUUCUCCGAUCGGAUCAAUCAACUCAAAUUCGUCUCGCUCGGGUUGAUGGCAUCGACCCAGUGCUCCGAUGACAAAGAACAACUCUCCUUCCUCACAUCCCUCGCCGACAAGGUCAACAAGCCCGAGACGCAAGAAGCCUAUAUCUACGCCCUGGCCCACGUGGCCAACACCAAACAGCGAUUGCAGGACUUGGACGGUGCCCAGAAGGAUUUGGAGGUGUGCCAGAAGGUGCUGGACACAUUCGACUCGGUCGAGACAGUGGUGCACGCAUCCUUCUACAAGGUCAACGCUGAAUACUACCACGCCAAGCAAGAAUUCGCCUCCUACUACAAGAAUGCCCUCCUCUACCUAGCCUGCAUCAACAUCGAGGAUCUCAGCCCGCGCGAGCGCGCCGAGCGCGCCUACAACCUCAGCGUGGCCGCCCUCAUUUCCGACUCGAUCUACAACUUCGGCGAGCUCCUCCUGCACCCGAUCCUCGACUCCAUGUCCGACACGCCGCACGCCUGGCUCCGCGACCUCCUCUUCGCCUUCAACCGCGGCGACCUGACCGCCUACGACGUCCUCGCCGGCAACAUCGCCAAGAACCAGCUGCUCCAAGAGCACCGCUUCUUCCUGUACCAGAAGAUCUCGCUGUCCGCCCUGACAGAGAUGGUCUUCCGCCGCCCGCCGCACGACCGCAACCUGACCUUCGCCUCCAUCGCAGCCGAGACCAAGGUCCAGCCCGCCGAGAUCGAGCACCUCGUCAUGAAGGCCCUGUCGCUCGGCCUGCUCAAGGGCGCCAUCGACCAGGUCGCCGAGGUCGCCCAGAUCCACUGGGUGCAGCCCAAGGUGCUGGACCUGACGCAGAUCGAGGGCAUGCGGAAUCGCCUGAAGGACUGGGACGCGGGAGUCAACCAGCUGGGUCACUGGAUCGAGGGAGUAGGCAAGGAUGUGUGGGCUGCAUAGGCGCAGCUGUUAGUUAUCUAUUACUUUUUUCUUUUGCUAGUUUGGCUCGGGCCACGAGAAAUAAGAUACAAACAACGCAUGUAUGUAUGACUGUCG